CUCUUGGUUUUUCUGAUGAGCGAUUUCCUGAGCAUGCCUAGGGAAUGACAGGCACCUCCACAGGCAGACUGCAUCACCUUGACCCAGUGUCGUCAUUGGCUGCCUAUUAGAACAGCAACAGGACAAUGCAUACCACUGACUGCCGACUGUAAACAGAGGGGAUAUGCGUUCACUUAGCAUGGACUUCUGGGAGGGGCUAAAGAAGGGCGGUCUGCAGUUUUAUUGAAUAGAGCAGUGUGCAUUAGGCUGCCUGCCUGCCUGCCUGCCUGCCUGCCUGCAGGCUCCCUUGCUGUACUCCGGCUUAAACAAAAUCAACCCUACCUUUCCAGCGUAGGUCCAAGGAAGAAGUUUCAGCCUGCAAGAUAUCAUUAAGCAUUUCAAGAUCAUCAAAUCGAAUUCCAUAAGGAUCGGAGAUUGGCCAGCAGUCUCAGAAGUGGACAUCUGAUUGCUUCACUACCCAGACGGGAUCUGGUCAUCCUCAUCCUGAAACCUCACCAUGGACGAUUUUGAACGUCGCAGAGAACUUAGGAGGCAAAAGAGAGAGGAGAUGCGGCUGGAAGCAGAAAGGAUUGCCUACCAGAGGAAUGAUGAUGACGAAGAGGAGGCAGCCCGCGAACGGCGCCGCAGAGCCCGCCAGGAAAGGCUGCGGCAGAAGCAAGAGGAAGAGUCUUUGGGACAGGUGGAAGUGAACGCCCAGAACAGCGUGUCCAACGAGGAGGGCAAGUCGAUCACCACAAACACUCAGGUGGAAGGUGAUGAGGAGGCUGCUUUACUAGAGCGCCUGGCUCGGCGAGAGGAAAGACGCCAGAAGCGACUUCAGGAAGCCCUGGAGAAACAGAAAGAUACUGACUCAACAGUAAGAGAUGCCAGUUCUUCCCUCUCAAGCAGAAGGAUGCAAAAUGAUACAGCAGAAGAUGAAGCUGCCGGGAAGGAAGAAAAAAGCCAAGAAAGACACGAGACAGAGGAAACAGAGAUGGUCACCAAAUCCUAUCAGAAGAAUGAUUGGAGGGAUGCCGAAGACAGAAAGAAAGAAGAGAAAGAAAGGGAAGACGAGGAGAAGUCCAAGCAAGGAAGCACUGGAGAAAAUCAGGUAGAGCCGGUGGCAGGAGACAAAACAUCAGAAACCCACGAGGAAAUGGUCGUAACACCAGGGAGAAAUGGGGAAGUUGGUGCAGAAGAGGCUAAAGCAGAGGAGGAGAGGGGCCGGGGUCCAGAUGCAAUUGCUCCUGAUGAGAAGGUGGAACGGGAGGAGAGAGAAAGAGCUGAGGCAGAGAGGGUAAGGUUGGAGGAAGAGGAAAGACUUAAAGCUGAGCAGGAAAGGAAGAAAGCAGAAGAGCAAGCGAGAAUUGAAGCAGAGGAAGAAGCAGCUGCACAAGAAAAGGAAAGGAGGGAGGCGGAAGAGAGGGAGAGGAAGGAGGCGGAGGAGAGGGAGAGGAAGGAGGCGGAAGAGAGGGAGAGGAGGGAGGCGGAGGAGAGGGAGAGGAAGGAGGCGGAGGAGAGGGAGAGGGAGAGGAAGGAGGCGGAGGAGAGGGAGAGGAGGGAGGCGGAAGAGAAGAGAGCAGCAGAGGAACAGCAAAGAGCCUUGGCAGAGCAGGAGAAAGCUAAGCUAGAAGAGCCAAAACUUAAACAGCAGCUGGAAGAGAAAAAAGAUGAAGCGCAAGAGAAAAAGUUAAAGAGGGGGGCAGUAGAAGAGAAAGCAGAAGGGAAAUUGGUGAAUGGAAAGGUGCGAGAAGACAAACCUCAGACAGCUGCCCUCAGGAAGCAGGAAGAAGAAAAGAAAGAAAAAGUACAAGCUCAAAAAGAAAAGUCCCAAGAUGGCCAGCCUACCUUCAAGAAGGACGAGGUCAAAGAUGAAAAGACGAAGAAGGACAAAGAGCCUAAAGAAGAAGCCAAGAGCCUCGUGGAUAAAAAGAAGGGCUUUGCAGAGGUGAAAUCGCAGAAUGGAGAAUUCGGGACUCACAAACUUAAACAUGCUGAGAACACAUUUAGCCCGGGCCGCUCGGGAGGCAAGGCCAGUGGGGACGCCCAGGAGGCGGAAGCCGGCAAGCGCCUAGAGGAGCUGCGCCGUCGACGCGGGGAGACCGAGAGCGAGGAGUUCGAGAAGCUCAAACAGAAGCAGCAGGAGGCAGCCCAGGAACUGGAGGAGCUGAAGAAGAAGAGAGAGGAGCGAAGGAAAGUCCUGGAGGAGGAAGAGCAGCGAAAGAAGCAGGAAGAGGCGGAGCGAAAAGUCAGGGAAGAGGAAGAGAAAAGGAGGCUAAAGGAAGAGAUAGAAAGGCGAAGGGCAGAAGCUGCUGAGAAACGCCAGAAGAUGCCGGAAGAUGGCUUGGCCGAUGAUAAGAAGCCAUUCAAGUGUUUCACCCCGAAAGGGUCAUCUCUCAAGAUUGAAGAGCGAGCAGAAUUUUUGAAUAAGUCUGUGCAGAAAAGCAGUGGUGUCAAGUCAACUCAUCAAGCGGCAGUAGUGUCCAAGAUUGACAGCAGAUUGGAGCAGUAUACCAGUGCGAUUGAGGGAACAAAAACUGCAAAAUCUACAAAACCAGCAGCCUCGGAUCUCCCUGUGCCUGCUGAAGGUGUACGCAAUAUCAAGAGCAUGUGGGAGAAAGGCAAUGUGUUCUCGGCCCCUGCCGCAUCAGGCACGCCCAAUAAGGAAACCGCUGGCCUGAAGGUGGGAGUUUCCAGCCGCAUCAACGAAUGGCUAACCAAAACCCCAGACGGCAACAAGUCUCCUGCUCCCAAGCCUUCUGACCUGAGGCCAGGCGAUGUAUCUGGCAAGCGGAACCUCUGGGAAAAGCAAUCUGUGGACAAGGUCACUUCCCCUACUAAGGUUUGAGACAACUCAAGAAAGAACUCACACUCAAGACCCUGGACCAGCUCAAUUGCAGAGGGCUAAUUUGCUCUGUUUUCUAUUUAUGUUAAUUUACUAAAUUGGGUUCCUUUUCUUUUGUUUUAUGUUACAAUAUCCCAGUAGAGCCAUGUAUAUUGUCAUUAUAUUUAAUAAUCACAGUCUAGAGAUGUUCAUGGUAAAGUACUGCCUUUGCACAGGAGCCUGUUUCCAAAGAAACCCAUGCUGUGAAAUAGACUUUGCUACUGAGCAUCAGAAUCCUCUCUGAACAGUGACACCAGCCACAUUGAUCAUCAAUACAAGGAGAUUCAAGUUUAAAAUUGCCCGGCGAAUGUGUGCAGCACCUAGAAAAACCAACCAUAGUUUCUUUGAAAUUCAGAAGUCAUGUUGUUUCUGCACUUUAGAAUAAAGCAUGGAAGAAAUUAUCUUAGUAGGCAAUUGUAACUCUCUCUGAAAGUAACCCAUUUCCGAUUUUAUAUAUGGCAAUAAUGAUUGUCUUGAAAAGAAAGAUGUACUGUUGAAGUAUUUACUUUGUUUCAUGCGGAUGCAUACCUAAAUUGGAUUAAUAUGGUAGCUUACAGUGGUACUGAUUUUUUUUAGAUUGGUUGCUUUGUGGAUUUCUUUGGUAGUUUUAGUAGCCUGAACCACAGUCUCACUCAAUGAUGUGCAUAAGUACAUAAACAUAUACAAACACGCUAACGAUAGAGUGCUUUUUUAAUGUAGUAGAUGGCUGUAUUAAGUAGUAUGUCCUUGUAACUAGUUAAUAUCACAGCUCUUUAACAAAAAUUAAAUCACAAUAUUAUAUUAAUGUUUUAUAUUUGCCAAUAAAAACAUGGCAGGUGGGUAUGUUUUCAAUGUCCAAUGACCUGUAUAUUGAAAAAAGAGAGAGAGUAGAAGUGUCAAAACAAGUGGAAAUCUUCUAUAAGACAUAGUAUUUAGUUUAUAAUGAAAAGCAAUCUUGAAGUCCAGUGUAAAUUUUAUUAAAUCUACUAUCUGGACCAGACUCACAAUCUGCUUUUUCAUAGCAAAGUUUGUAAGAGGUUGGCAGAAAUGAUAUCUAAGGUCCUUACCUUCUCAACGUCGAGGGCAAGCACUUGAGUAUCAGUGUUACACAGCUUGCUGAAGUCUGGAAAUAAAAGAGAUAAAAUGAGCACAAUCCAGUAUUUGGAAGCAUAAUAAUGCUUCCAUUUAUAUAUAUAUACUCUGAAAUUUUUUAAUUCAUCUUUUUUUUUAAACCUUUAUUAGUCAUUGGUACUUGUCAUAGGUUGAUAAUUUGUCAAUCCCAUAAAAUAUAUUUAAGUUUUCCUAGUUAUAUAUUAGUUUACUAGUGAGUCUUUAUUGACUUACUGCUUUUACAAAACACAGAAUUCAGAUAUUAGGUCUUAUUUUAGGUUAGAAGUUGUUAUUCUUCAAUAUAGAUGUUGAAAAAUUGCACCAAUGUUUUGGCAAAAUAUCCUCUCUGGACCUAUCUCUGUGUUAUAGUUAUAUAAAUUCAUACCUCAGCUGAGUUAACCAGAAUGGUUUUUACCCUAAUUCCUAGCACACCAAGAGUUUCCCAAGGAAACUGUUGAUAUUCUUAUCAACAGGAUUCUCCCAGGAGAACUCAUCAAGGUAGGCUGGCACGAGGAGGUAUCUCCACCUUUCAAAGUCUCUUUUCUUCAUAUAUCAGUUUU